AUGUCCGUUUUUGAUGCUAUUGACACAAGAAGAACAAUCAGACAAUAUGAUCAAUCCUUUGUUCCACCAAAAGAACACGUUAAAAAGAUUGCAGAAGCAGCAAUUAAAUCACCCACAGGCUACAACAGACAAGGAGUUGAUUUACUUGUCGUUACAAACAAAGACAUUAUCAACAACAUGAAUGAUAAAGUAUUCGAUGCAUUAGACGAAGACGCAAAGAAUUAUUUCCGCACAAGAAAGGAGCUUGGUCUUGAAAAGUUCAUAACAUGUGAUGCACCAGUACUUUACGUCUUGUAUGCUAAUGGAAAGACAGAUGAUGUCUAUGCACGCUUAGAUGCUGGAAUCAUGGCAGAGUCUAUUCUUCUUACAGCUACAAGCCUUGGCUAUGCUACAAUGCCAAUUGGAACAUUCAUGAUUGGCGACCUUUCUGAGUACGGAAUUCCAAAGGACAAAGUCCUAUUAGCAAUUGCUAUGGGCAAAGCUAGAGCUGGAAUUGAAAUUCCACCAUGCGAUAGAAAUACAAAGAUAACUUACUUAGAAUAA